CCAAAUGCUACAUUCCAAAAUCCAAACAAUAAACCUUUACACACACUCAUAUAUAAAAUAUGUACAAGUAAACACACACACCCAACCUCUGGAUACAGAAAGGCCAACUGUUAUCUACAUUUAACUAUAAUAUGGCGGAAGUGUUUGAGGGGUCUCCGGAGGUGGUGAUGGUUAGAAACAAGCAGGUGAUUUUCAAAGACUACGUGAAUGGAUACCCGAAAGAGUCCGACAUGGUGGUAACUUCGGACGCCACUGUUCGAUUAGAACUGCCAAAGAAUGAAGAUGGCCAAGUUUUGUUAAAGAAUCUCUAUUUGUCAUGUGAUCCGUAUAUGAGGGGUCGCAUGAGCAAGAGGUUAGAAGGAAGUUACACUCCUCCUUUCACACCUGGUUUGCCUAUAUCCGGAUAUGGAGUUGCAAGAGUUUUGGAUUCCACUCACCCCAAAUUCAAUAAAGGCGACUUGGUAUCAGGAAUAACCAAUUGGGAAGAAUAUAGUUUGAUCAUGAAUACUGAGUCGUUAAUAAAGGUUCAACAAACGGAUAUUUCUCUUUCCUACUAUACCGGAAUUCUUGGUAUGGCCGGCGUGACAGCUUAUGCUGGUUUUUAUGAGAUUUGUGCGCCAAAGAAAGGAGACACAGUGUUUGUGUCAGCAGCAUCUGGAGCCGUUGGUCAACUUGUUGGGCAAUUUGCCAAACUAUCUGGUUGUUACGUUGUUGGAAGUGCUGGAACAAAAGAAAAGGUUGAUCUGCUUAAGAACGAUUUCGGGUUUGACGAGGCAUUUAACUACAAAGAAGAGCAAGAUCUCAAUAUCGCUUUAAAGAGGUAUUUUCCGGAUGGUAUUGAUAUUUACUUUGAAAACGUUGGUGGGAAGAUGCUAGAUGCAGUAUUAUGCAACAUGAGGGUUCAUGGUCGCAUUGCUGUUUGCGGGAUGAUCUCACAAUAUAACCUUAAUCGACCCGAAGGCAUAAACAACCUUAUGUUUCUAAUCUUGAAACGUAUAAAAAUGGAAGGGUUCCUGGUUGUUGAUUACCAUCAUUUGUAUCCUAAGUUGUUUGAAAUGGUUUUGCCUCUCAUUCGAGAAGGAAAGAUAACAUAUGUUGAGGACACAGUUGAAGGCCUUGAUAAUGCUCCAGCCGCACUCGUUGGCUUGUUUUCUGGCAAAAAUGUCGGAAAACAAGUCGUUGCUAUAGCUCGUGAAUAAUCUCCAUUCAUUUACCUAUUUGUUAAAAUCUUCUGUUUUGUUUUAAUAAUACAAAGACCCCGUUCAAGUUAGUUUUGGUA